AUGUGUAAUAAUUAUGAUUAUUAAAAGUUUCAAUAAAAGAUUGUUUGUUUUUAAUAAGAACUAUCUGAUGAUGGUAAGAAUAAAUUAAAAUUCUGUUAUGAUAACUACAAACAAUUAAAAUCACUAAUUAUACAAUCGUAAAAAUAUUUUUCAAAAUUUUAAUUCUUGAUUGAAUUUUAUGAUCUUUUAGAAUAAUUUUAGAGAGAUAAACAAAUUUAAGAUUAUAUGUAGUAAUAUUAUUACUUACUUCCAAUUAUUUUUAAUAAUCAGAUAUAUUCAGGAAUUUUAGAAACAUUAUCAUACUCAUAAUAAGAAGUUUAGGAACUGUUAAUGCUGACCAAAAAAUUAAGUAAGUUAGAUGAGAAUUUAGAAACAAAUAAAACUUUUAUGGAUCCAUAAAAUUUAAAACUAAAAUCAAUAUUAAAAAGAAUUUCAAUAAAUUCAAAUAACUAUUAAGAAAUUAGUUAAAUCCCAUUUUAACUUUGUUAUUAGUACUUUUAUUUAUUUUACCUUAAAUUUUAAUAAAAUGGCUUUGAAGUCUAUUAUUAGAAUUAUAGUAAACUUAAAUAAUCCCUAAAAAAAAUAAAAGAAUUAUUCAAAUAAGAAAGAGUACUUUAUAAACUAAUGAAUUUGAAUAUACAAAAUUUAAGAUCUUAGAAAAUACCAAACUGGGAACCUAUUGAAUUAAAUAUAGAUCAUAAUAAAAUUUAUUUAGGUUUCAAAGAAAAAAUGGCAGAGUUGUAAUUUGAUAAUUAAGAAAUAGAAUUUUUAUCUUAUUUUUCACUAUUUUGUAAAUCAAUAACAAACCAUAGUUUUGCAAAAAAGAAUUAUUUUUAAUUACCACAAAUAUCUAAUUCUAAGAACAAUUAAUUUUAAAUAACUUCUUAAGGAGAUGAUUAUUCAAUUUCCUUCCAACUAAGAGACUUGAUAAAAAAUGAAAUACUUUAAUAAUUUAAAUAAAAGAAUAGGGGUUUGAUUGAAAUUCAAUUUUCAGAAAAUUCUAAAUAUUACUUUGUACUUCAAACCUUCACUUUUUCAGUACAUGAAGUAGUUAUUAAUUCUAAUCUUUUAAAUUUAGAAAUUGACUUGAAUUAUUAAGAGGAAAGAUAUGUAAAUGCAAAAUUUUAUUGUAAUGAUUAAAAGAUUAUUUUAAUUUCUGAUUUGCAAAUCAAGCUACAAAGUUUAAAUGGAUCAAAUUUUUAGAUAGAUAAAAUAUUCUUAAUAUACAAUAUUUGUUUGUAAAAUGAGAUUUUGAUUAAAAAUACAGCUAACAUUGAUAAAAAGAUUGAAAUAAUAGGAUAAUUAAGCAUGAAAAGGUCCAUUUUUAUCUAGAUUGAUGAAAUAAGUGCUUAAUUAUUGUAAUUUUACAUAUUGUGA